AUGGUUGGUGUCGCGACACUCAUCAAGUCUCUGCCCCUUGUGGCAGGCAGUGCCUUUGCUAGUGUCACUUAUCCUGGUCUUCCAAAGGACUUGACUACUCCUCAUCAGCAGCGCCUGGCCGUGUACGGACCUAACGCUGUAUCCGUGGGCUGGAACACGUACAAGCAGUUGAACCAGACCUGCGUACAAUAUGGUCUGUCAGCAGACAACCUCAACACAAAAGCCUGCUCAUCCUCAUCAACAACCUAUGCGACAUCGCGAACAUGGUCCAACGUCGCAAUCAUAACUGGCCUGACCCCAGCAACAACCUACUACUAUAAAAUCGAGUCCACAAACUCAACAGUAGGCCACUUCCUGAGCCCGCGCUCCCCAGGCGACAAAACACCCUUCAGCAUGGAUGUAGUAAUCGACCUAGGUGUCUACGGCAAAGAUGGCUUCACAACAUCCAGCAAGAAAAAAGACACAAUCCCAGUCAUCGAACCAGAACUAAACCACACAACAAUCGGCAGCCUCGCCAACACAGUCGAUAAGUACGAACUAGUAAUCCACCCAGGCGACUUCGCCUAUGCCGACGACUGGUAUCUGAAAUUCGCGAACCUCUUCGACGGAAAAGAAGCCUACGAAUCAAUCCUCGAACAAUUCUACGAUCAACUCGCCCCAAUCGCAGGCCGCAAACUGUACAUGGCCAGUCCUGGAAACCACGAAGCAGACUGCAGCGAAAUCCCCUACAUCAACGGCCUCUGCCCAGAAGGUCAGAAGAACUUUACCGAUUUCAUGCACCGUUUCGAUAGUACCAUGCCGCAGUCUUUCAUUUCGUCUUCUUCAGAUACCACUGCCCAGGCACAGGCGAAGACCGCCCGGUCCCUGUCCAAUCCGCCGUUCUGGUAUUCGUUCGAAUAUGGCAUGGCGCACGUCAUUAUGAUCAACACCGAAACAGACUUCCCCAAUGCCCCCGAUGGCCAAGAUGGCUCUGCAAAGCUAAAUGGCGGGCCGUUCGGCAAAGAGCACCAACAAAUCGAGUUCUUGACCGCUGAUCUGGCGAGUGUUGACCGAUCUGUCACACCAUGGGUCAUCGUCGCUGGUCAUAGACCCUGGUACUCAACCGGGUCAUCCAGCGGGUGUGAUUCAUGCCAAGAAGCGUUCGAGGGAUUGUUCUACAAGUACGGUGUUGACCUCGGUGUUUUCGGGCAUGUGCACAACUCGCAACGGUUUUUGCCUGUUGUUAAUGGGACGGCUGAUGCCAAUGGGAUGGAUGAUCCCAAGGCGCCGAUGUACAUUGUGGCUGGGGGUGCCGGUAAUAUUGAGGGUUUGAGUUCUGUUGGGAACAAGCCUAGUUAUACGGCUUUUGCUUAUGCUGAUGAUUAUAGCUAUGGGGCUAUUAAGUUUGUCGAUGAGCAGCAUUUGGAGGUUGAGUUUAUCAAGUCUUCCACUGGGGAGGUUUUGGAUACUAGUACACUGUAUAAGAAGCAUGCCACGCGGUUUGUAAGGCAAUAA